AUGGCGGGGCCUCGGAACCGGCUCCGCGUUCGCACGCCCGAGGGCACAGGGAAAGGAAAGGAGACGACGCGCAUCGCCACGGUCGUGGGCGUGCAUCCGACGUUAGACGUCGCGGUGUUGCGCUUCGUGGACGACGCGACGCGCGAGGGAGGAUCCGGCGCGGAGGCGCGAGCGAGCGGCGGCGUCUUCGGGGACGAGUUCACGCCGAUGCCGAUCGCGACGCGUCCGCCGCGGCCGGACGACGUCGUCGCCGCGCUCGGAUACCCCAUGGGCUGGAGCGGCGCGUUCAAGACCCUCUUCUCGUCGUUCAGAGGAGGCGGCGACGGCGGCGAAGAGAAGAACAAGAACGAGCGGUGGGGGACGACGCUCGCGACGUACGCGCCUCAGGCGCGUUCUAUACACUGGUCCCCAUACGACCGCAACGGCCCUCAAUCGCCGCCUUCCCGCGACGCCGACGCCGCCGACGAAAACGAAAACGUUUCCCUCGCCCCCCUCGCGACGACGCACGUGCUGCACACGUCCGUCGUCGCGAACGGCGAGAGCGGCGGCGCGCUGAUAAAUGCGCGCGGCGAACUCGUGGGCGUGCACUCUUUCGGGGACGCCUUCUUCGGCGGCGGAAGGGACGUCGCCGUCCGGGUGACGCGCGACGUCGUGGCGGAGUGCGGGGCGGGGGGUUGCCCGGGGUGCGUCGCGGGGGCGCUGUGCUGCCCGGCGACGCCGGAGAGGUACGCCACCGUGGCGGUGAACGCGCGGGUGAUGGCGAGCUCGGACCCGGCGCUGGCGGCGAUGUGCCCCGAGCUCUCGCCCGCGGAGCGGAGAGCGUGGAUACUGUAG